AUGUGGAGGUUGUCGGGGACCGUGGAGGUCCAACCACCGGGUGAACGUUUUCUGUUUACGUUCACUCAUGAAAGGGAUAUUGCUCGUGUGAAGAAGAGUGGUCCUUGGGGUUUUCAGGGAGCCAUGAUUCUCCUGAAUGAUUAUGACGGCUUCUCGGACAUCUCUGCCGUGAAGUUGGAUUUUGUUUGGAUCUGGGUUACGCUGCAGGGCAUUCCUCUGGGCUUAUUGACGGAACAUACUAUCCGAUUGGUUGGUGGGACUAUUGGAGAGGUUCUAGAGGUGGACCGACAGGCUCCCAAGGUCUACAAGAAGAAGGGUAGGCCUUGGGGUUUGCGAAACAAAGUCAAGAAAUCGCCGUCGGUGUCUACCAAUGGCAGUUCUGAAUCCAUGGAGGCGGGGUCCCCUAGCGGAGGAGUUGUUGGUGUGCAUGGGAUGCAUGUUGGACCUGUCUCUUUGGAGCCCGUCUCCCAGUCCGGGUAG